CUGCGCAGGCUGCCCAUGAUGUCAGAGAGGGACUGUGCUGCAAGCCAUGCCUGCUUAGACACUUUGCUACAUGAGGAAAUAUUGUAACCACAGACAUGGCAUUGAGUCAUCUCAACCUCCUGCGACCAGUAUUGUGCAGAUUUCUGCCCUCCGUUGUGAGGACCCCGCUAGUGACUAGUUCAAGAGUCCCCUCUCUGCCCCACGCGAGCUGUCCCACGGUUCUGCCGAAUUAUGUCCGGCAUUAUGCCACAAAGAAGAGUAAAGCAAAGGCAAAAGGGCAGACAGCUAAAGUGAACAUCAAUGCUGCAUUGGUGGAGGAUAUUAUCAGCCUGGAGGAGGUGAAGGAAGACAUGGCUGCUGUCCUGACUACUCUGAAAGAAGAUUUCAGCCGCAACCUCAGCAUUCGCACAUCACCAGGUGUGCUGGACCACAUUACAGUCACCACAAAGGAUGGCAAAUUUCCACUCAACCAGCUGGGCCAGAUAUCCAUGAAGUCUCCUCAGCUACUUGUGGUCAACAUGACUGGCUUCCCAGAGGCCUCAGGCCACGGCAGCUGUGCCUUACAAGACAGCAGCAUGGGACUCAACCCGGAGGUGGAGGGCACCAUUAUCAGGGUGCCUGUUCCCAAAGUGACGCGAGAACACAGGGAGAAUCUGGUGAAACUGGCGAAGCAGUUCAGUAACAAGACCAAGGACUCGCUGAGGAGAGUACGGACCAACGCCGUCACUCGAGUGAAGAAGUCCAAAGAGAGUGUCUCUGAAGAUACCAUUCACUUGGUAGAAAAACAGAUUCAACAAAUGGCAGACAGUUAUGCGGCAGACAUUGACAAACAGCUAGCCACUAAAACCAAGGAGUUACUCGGAUGACAGCGAGGCCUUCCAAACUUUCAGAACGCCCCCGGUCCGUUUGUCUCGCUAUCAUCAGGUCAAAGGCAGUCAGCUGUUCUUGUGACUGGAACAAAAAUCCCCCAAACAGAAAACAGUUAAUGAUCUUGGUGAUGGAAGUGAUGAAGGUGGUGUUUGGGUGUUUUUCUCAUGCAUAAACAAAUGUCGGCGUGGCACGCCAGUGGCUUAUGGUGCUUCUUGUGUUCACAUCUCCAAACAAACAAACGCAGGAUAAAUGAAGUUUUAAUGUGAUUUGGGGUACUCCUCCUAAUCAAAGCGAUGCCACAAACGUGGUGUUUAUGUAGAAAGCACUGCACUGAAUGUAAACUCUGUGGUCUUUACAGGAGGCUGAAAGUCACACAGGAUGGAGGAUGAGAGCACAAAGCAACAUGCUGCCAACAUUUGUUUCACAUUCACUAUUGCAUCCUAAAAAUAGUCAUUAUUUUCAUCUAUAUGAUUAGAUCUAGCCGUGUAAACUGAAUAAAAUGCAUCAGUUAUUGUCCUGGUGCUGUAGUGUGUGUGUGUGCGCGCGCAUCUUUUGAAUCAUAUUUCCACAUCCGCUGUUCUUUGUUUAUUAAUGUUGAAACUUAAUCCCUAAGAUUAUUCUAGAAUGGCAAUGUGAAAUAUAUCUUCUUCUACCACAACAUUUUUGAAUUCUCAGUGCUCAAUACUGAUUCUGAUUUUACUGG